AAGAGCUGGGAAAUGAAUGCAACAAAACAUUUGAAUUCGUGUUAUGUGUGCAAAACAUAGAGAUGAGAGGUAGAGCGAGAGGGAGAGCAGACGCAUGUCGAACAUGGAUGGUAAGGGCAACACUGAGUUACGAACAUGAGAGACCAAGAGGGAGAAGCAAACAGAGGAGUCAUCGAACAGGGGAACAGAGAGGAUCGCAAGGGUGGAAGUCAAGUAUCAGGGAAAUGUAUAAUAGAGGACUGUAUAAACAAGCAACGCCAUACUAUUUCACCAAUUUCCCAAAAGAUUGGAGUUAUGCAGAGAUGUGGAUGACUUUCAGCAAAUUUGGAAGAGUAUUCGACAUUUACAGCCCAAGUAGAAGAAGCAAGAAGGGAUAUAGAUUCGGAUUUGUGAGAUUUCUGGAUGUAAAGAACACAAAGGAGCUGGAAAGGAGACUUGACCAGAUAUGGGUUGGGGAAUUCAAGCUAUGGGUGAAUAUCCCACGGUUUAGAAAUGAAGAACUGAACAGAGGAGUGGAGCAUAGGAAGGUUCAAAAAAUGGAGCCAAAGAUCCAAAUCAGGUCGUAUGCGGAUGUGGUGAAGGGACAAGAUGGAAAAGAAGUAGGAGGGGAUGCAGGGUUAAAACAGAAUAGCAGCGAGAGUAGGAGCCACGAGAGGGAUGACAGAAGAAUCAACAAUGGAAUGGACCUUCGAGAAUUGAAAGACCUUGUAGAGAUGGCUUCAGACUGGUUAGAACAGUGGUUUGAAGAAGUGAGCCCAUGGAUACCAGAGAAGGUUGCAGAGGAAAGAUUUGUGUGGAUCAAGUGCCAAGGAGUUCCUCUUAAUGUAUGGAAAUCUGAAUUCUUUGCUAAUAUGAGCUGUGCAUGGGGGAAGUUUAUCUGUUUAGAUGAUAGCACCAACCAUAAGAGGAGAUUUGACAUUGCUCGAUUCUUAAUUUCCACUUCGAUCAUGGGAUCAAUUUCGGUCAAGAGAUCUAUAAGGAUUAAUGGAUCCAUCUAUGACAUCAAGUUCACUAAGGAGGAGUUUACCAAUGGCUUCUUCUCCUUGAAGCAGGAUUUCUUGCCCACCUUUCAGAGUGACUCUGAGGAACAAGAAUCCUGGAUGACGGAAACCGAGGAAGAUGACGAUGACGUGGCAAGCUUCUGGGAGGAGAGCAACGGUAAAGCUAUAGCACCAGGUCAUAGGGAUAGUGAGAUGACAAUUAAUGAGGUUCCUGACACCCUACAAAAAAUUCAAAAUGAAAAGGAAGAAAAAUUCAAAUCAGGGAGGGAGCUUUCGGGGGGAAAGAGAGGGCCAUUUGCAACAAUAGCUGGAUACACGAAUGUGGAGGAGUGUCACUUGGGCUCAAAUGAAAAUAACAAAGGGAGGUCUGAAGAGGAGCCCAAUAAGAUGAAAAGAAUACCAACAGGGGAGGAGUCAACAAAUGGGGAGCAGGCCCAAAGUAACUCGUUAAUGAAGGCCCAAAGCAAUUCAGAAAAAAGAGAUAAAGAUAGUCAAAGGGGAGUGGUGUCAAUGAACACCAAUAAUGAGUGCCAUGAACCAUCGGAGAAAGGGGAUGAGAGGGAAGAAGCUAGUUUAGCAUAUCGGAUUCACGGAAGUGCAGAAAGGAACCCGAAGAAGAGCAAGAGGCGAAUCAGAACAUGCAGCUCGGUUUACUCGAAAGUGGGCUUCUCACAGCAAAUUUCGCAAGGAAGAAGAGGCCGAAGAGGAAGAAAUAGCUGUAUACAAAACUGCAACAAAUCCAUCAAGAAGCAGAUGAAGAAAGAGCUAGCCAAGGAAAUAUGGGAAAUAGCAAAGCAGCUGGGAGCAGUAGCCGAAAAUGAGGAAGAAAUAAUCCACAGAAUUGAUGAAUUAGAGUGCAGAGACAACCGGGCAAAAGUUAAUCCAGAGAAGAACGGAACCGAGGCGAGGGAGGAGUACACAUGGUAUAACUCAAAUGGGCAGCAAAUGAGUAGGCUGGACAGAUUUUUGCUUUCAAAUGAAUGGAUACUGAAUUGGAAGGAUGUUAAACAGUGGGGUCUAAAAAGAACAGUAUUUGAUCACUGUCCUAUUUUACUGAAGAGUGAAAAGGUGGAUUGGGGGCCAAAACCGUUCAAAUUCUUCAAUUCUUGGAUGGACCAACCAAGGUGCAUAGAGAUUAUCAGAAAUGCAUGGAAAUCCUGUGUAGUGAAGGGCGGGUAUGGACUCAGAUUUAAGGAAAAGCUGAAAUUCACCAAGAAUGCUCUCAAGAAGUGGGAUGGAAGCUCAAUGACAAAUGUAGACAGGAGAAUUAUGGAGACUAAAAAAGAGAUUGAGGAGAUAGAUAAGAAAGGAGAGAAUGGUCUGUUGAAUCACACCGAUGUUGAAAGAAGGAGGGGGUGCUUUAUUGAUCUAUGGAACAAUUUAAAAAUCAAGGAGAAUAUGUGGCAACAGAAAUCAAGGAAAAUGUGGAUCAAAGAAGGGGAUGCAAACACCAAGUUUUUCCAUAGAAGUGUAAAUGGAAGAAGAAGAAGAAAUGAAAUUUGUAGCAUUACGGUUGAAGGAAAGCAACUCACUAGAGUGACAGAAAUUAAGGAAGGGGUGGCUGAAUACUUCCAAAAACUAUUCACAGAAGAAGUCUGGCAACGACCUAAACUUGACGAAAUGGGCUUCAAGCAGAUAUCUCAAACUGAUAACGAGUUCCUCAUAGCACCUUUCACUGAAGAGGAAAUUAGGAAAGUCAUUUGGGAGUGUGAUUCUUCUAAAGCCCCAGGCCCGGAUGGCUUCAACUUUAGAUUCAUGAAGUCUAUGUGGGAGGAUAUUAAAUCGGAGGUGAUUGGAUUCGUAAAGGAAUUCCAGGAGCAGAGCAAAUUAAAAAGAGGGUCUAAUGCCUCCUUCAUUGUGAUGAUCCCAAAAACCAAGAAUCCCCAAAGAAUAGAAGAAUAUAAACCCAUAUCCCUUAUUGGAGUCAUGUACAAGGUGGUUGCAAAACUAUUGGCGAGCCGCCUUUGCAAGGUGAUGCAUAAGAUUAUUGGGGAACAACAGAUGUCAUUUAUCAAGGGAAGACAAUUGGUGGAUGGUGUAGUCAUUGCAAACGAAGUAAUUGAUGAAGCAAAAAAGAAGAGGAAGAAAAGCUUUGUGUUCAAAGUGGAUUUCGAGAAAGCAUAUGACAAGGUGUGCUGGAAGUUUAUAGACUAUAUGCUGGACAGAAUGGCUUUUAGUGGAACUUGGAGGAGGUGGAUCCAAGAGUGCUUGCAAUCGAGCAUGGUGUCAAUCCUAAUCAAUGGAAGCCCAACUCAGCAAUUUCCAGUCACAAAAGGCAUUCGACAAGGCGACCCCUUAUCCCCAUUUUUAUUCCUGAUAGUGGCAGAGGGUCUAAAUGGACUAAUGACAGCAGCUGUCGAGAAGAAUCUGUAUAAGGGUGUAGAAGUCGGAAAUGAUGUAGUAACAGUUACCCAUUUGCAAUUUGCGAAUGACACCAUAUUCUUUGGGGAGGCUUCAGAGCAAAAUAUUAGGAUAGUGAAGUGUAUUUUGAGGACAUUUGAAAUGGUGGUGGGGUUGAAAAUAAAUUUCAGAAAAUGUCAACUUAUGGGCAUCGGGGUGGAGGAUGACUGGAGAAAGAAAAUGGCUUAUAGAUUAGGCUGUAAAGAAGGGGAAUUUUCAAUCAAAUACCUGGGGAUUCCCAUUGGGGGGGACCAUAGAAGGCUUAAAAUGUGGCAGCCAUUGCUAGACUCUGUCAUGAAGAAACUGUCGAGCUGGAAAGGAAGAUAUCUCUCUCAAGGUGGUCGAAUUACACUUAUUAACUCAAUGCUGUCCAGCCUCCCUGUGUUCUUGAUGUCCGUCUACUUGAUCCCAAAAGGUGUGAAAGAUUUGAAGAAGUUUAAUAUAGCGCCAAUGGGGAAAUGGUGGAGUAGAUUAGCAAUAGAAGAAGAAGGGUUGUGGAAAAGGGUCAUUAGAGGAAAAUAUGGAGGGGGAGGGGGGCAUUGGCAAACCUGGGUGAGAAAUGGAAAUGUGGGGGGUUCUUUAUGGUGGAGAAACGUCCAAAGGAUUAACAAUGCUGAUAGGGAAAAUGUUGGGUGGUUAGCGGAGGGGUUUAGAUUAAAGUUGGGGGAAGGUAAAGAGGUGAGCUUCUGGUGGGAUGAGUGGUGUGGAGGGCGCUGUCUUGCUAAUAUGUUCCCUAGAUUAUAUUUGUUGUCAACAGAUAAGGAGAAGAAAUGCUACCAAAUGGGGAAAGAGCUUAAUGGAAAAUGGGAAUGGAACCUAAAGUGGAGAAGAAGACUGAUGGAAUGGGAAGAAGAGUCGGCUCUUGAGCUAUCAAAAAUGAUUGAGGAGGAGAAAAUACAACCAAGAAUCACAGACAAAUGGGAGUGGGUGCACAAAAGGGACGGCAAGUACUCAUCUUCCUCAGCAUAUUCUCUGUUGUCAAAUACCCAGCAGAAUCCAAAUGAAAAAUUUUUCAAAAGAAUAUGGAAUAACAAUAUUCCAAGCAAAAUUGCAGCAUUUAAUUGGAGAGUUGUGCUUGACAAAAUUCCAACCAAUAAGAACUUGUUGAAAAGAGGAAUUGACAGUGUUAUGGAUGAUGGGAAAUGUAGACUUUGUGAGGAGGAAGAAGAAGAAGACUCUGCCCACCUGUUUUUGAGAUGUAAAGUAGCAAAGUGGACUUGGAAGGAGUGUGCUAAAUGGUGGGGGAUUUCUAUAAGGUUGGAGUCGGAUUGUUGGAAAGCUUUCGAACACCUUCAUACAUGGACCAAUGAUAACCGACUCAAAAAUGGAUGGGAUUGCAUUUGGAGUGCAGUGAUCUGGUCAAUAUGGCUUAUGCGGAAUAGAAAGGUAUUUCAAGGCCAGGAAACAAACAUGGAUUGGUUGUGCAAUCCUAUAGCUUGUCUUACGGAUGCUUAAGAGUAAGCAUGGGUGUAGAAUAGUUUGAAAGAUAGGAGUAACAAUGCAGGCUAUCUCUUCUCUGCUCGUGUAAAGAGUUAGGUGGAGUACUACUUGUACAUCCACAAUAUCAUCAAUAAAUUAUCUUUGCUGUG